CUUUUGGCACGAACCACAUUCAUUUCUCUUUGACAGCUAAGAACAAUCCCAGCACCUAAGAGACUACCUUCAGACCUUUCAGAAUGAAGCAUUGCCUAAUUCCUUUAAUCUUGCUCCUUUUUGUGUCAUAUCAAGUUUCAGCGCUUGGUGUGUCCAUUAAUGGCCACACAAACAGUUUUCUGCUCACCGCGAACACAAGUAACAGCAUUACCUUAACAUGUGAGGUGGUCAACAAUACUGGCAAUGAGACCCUGCUUUGGUAUCGUGGAAGCAGUCAGGUGGACAUUAAAACCGAAAACAGUGUAAACUCCAGCUCUAUCUGUAUCUUCCCUGUAACUCCUCAAGAUAAUCAAGUGAGCUUCUCAUGUGUGUUAAAAAGUAACACUUCCAUCAAGGUGUCUGCAAUGUUAGACAUCAAAUUUGACCCCAUCCUGACUGGAGAGGACAAUGUGAUUGUGGAAAUUGAGAAGACUGCACAACUGACUUGCGAUUUUAAGGCCAACCCACAAGCUGCGAUGUCUUGGAGAAGAAAUGAUAACCUUGUCAACAUGGUGUCCCGCUACCAGCAGUACCUGACCAGUGACUCUUUCCAGCUCACCAUCAACAAGGCAGAGAAAAAAGAUGCCGGCUUAUAUACGUGUAUGGCUUUCAUAAACGGCAUGAACUUUACUAGAAGCUUCAACCUUGACGUAGAAGAUAAGAAAGAUGUACUUCCAAUAGAAGCAAUCGGUGCAGCAGUAGUGGUGGGAGCACUCAUUAUACUGUUUGCAAUGUUUGCUCGGAGAGAAAAGAUAUUUAAAAAGUGCCUGAAACCACACGAUAACACAUCUCUGUAAAUUAUUGACAUCCUACUCCAAAAUGUAUCCAAGCUGCAUGGUUUCUUGUAGACAAGACAAUUUUCGGCAAUUGAGCCUUACCUGCUACCCAUAAGUGUGAUUUGCACCAGUAUUUAACCCCU